GCACCUCCGACAGAUAAUUGGGAAGGGUUUCCAGAAGGUGGGAAAUGUCACCUGAUUCACACUGAACUUUUAAAAGCUCCCCACCCCCAAAAGAGCCGGCACACCCUCGGUCUCGGCCGCCCUCCCACAGCCCCACACACUGGGAGACCGCCCACCGCAAACCUCGGAGACCCCCGUCUAGAUUUAAAAGCGCGGCUGCGCCCGGCUUCUGACGUCCAUUGAAUCGCGCGGGCGGCCGGUGGCGAGCGCGGGGCUGCGCCGGGAUCGCUGCGCCCUCCGCCGCUCGCCUCUGCGACGCGCACCGCUCGCCCAAGCCACCCGCCGCCGCGCUCCUCGCCCCGCGCCGGCCCCAGGAUGGUCUGCGCCAGGCACCAGCCCGGCGGGCUCUGCCUCCUGCUGCUGCUACUCUGCCAGUUCAUGGAGGACCGCAGCGCCCAGGCUGGGAAUUGUUGGCUCCGCCAGGCAAAGAACGGCCGCUGCCAGGUCCUGUAUAAGACCGAACUGAGCAAGGAAGAGUGUUGUAGCACCGGCCGGCUGAGCACCUCGUGGACCGAGGAGGACGUCAAUGACAAUACUCUCUUUAAGUGGAUGAUUUUCAAUGGGGGAGCCCCCAACUGCAUCCCUUGUAAAGAAACGUGUGAGAACGUGGAUUGCGGACCUGGAAAAAAGUGUCGAAUGAACAAGAAGAAUAAACCCCGCUGCGUCUGUGCCCCAGACUGUUCCAACAUCACCUGGAAGGGUCCAGUGUGUGGGCUGGAUGGGAAAACCUACCGCAACGAAUGUGCACUCCUUAAGGCCAGAUGUAAAGAGCAGCCGGAACUGGAAGUCCAGUACCAGGGCAGAUGUAAAAAGACCUGCAGGGAUGUUUUCUGUCCAGGCAGCUCCACUUGUGUGGUGGAUCAGACCAAUAAUGCCUACUGUGUGACCUGUAAUCGGAUUUGCCCAGAACCCUCGUCUUCUGAACAGUACCUCUGUGGGAAUGAUGGAGUGACUUACUCCAGUGCCUGUCACCUGAGAAAGGCCACCUGCUUGCUGGGCAGAUCCAUUGGAUUAGCCUAUGAGGGAAAGUGUAUCAAAGCAAAGUCCUGUGAAGAUAUCCAGUGUGGCGGUGGGAAAAAAUGCCUAUGGGAUUCCAAGGUUGGCAGAGGUCGCUGCUCUCUCUGUGACGAGCUGUGUCCUGACAGUAAGUCGGAUGAGCCGGUCUGCGCCAGUGACAACGCCACGUACGCCAGCGAAUGUGCCAUGAGGGAAGCCGCCUGCUCCUCCGGUGUGGUGCUUGAGGUGAAGCACACCGGCUCGUGCAACUCCAUCUCGGAAGAAACGGAGGAAGAGGAGGAGGAAGAAGACCAGGACUACAGCUUUCCUAUCUCUUCCAUUCUAGAGUGGUAAACUCUCCACCAGUGUUCAGUGUUGACAUAACCUUUGGGCAAAACAAAACACAACAAAAUUAAAAAAAAUUAAUAAUAAUAAUAAUAAUAAUAAAGGAAAGAAAAAAGAUAGAAGAGAAAAUAAGAAAAAGAAAAAAUAUAUUGUUCAUAAUGUAAAUAAGUGUAUGCUUAUUUAUUUGGGGGGAAAACUAUACAUUAAAGGACUUUGUCCUAAGGUUCUCUCAGGCCAUAAGGUUACUCACUGGGCGUGGAGAGAUGGUCAUUUUGUGGUCUACUGGAUGAGGCCUAUAGUUGAGACUUGUAGACAUUUAUUUAUACUGUGUCAUGUUUUAUAAUUUAUACAUAAAAUGUCUGGUUGACUGUACACCUUGUUUUUUGAAGAAAUUUAUUCGUGAAAGGAAGAGCAGUUGUUAUUUAUUGUGAGGUCUCUUGCUUGUAAAGUAGAACUGUUUUUUUUUCCCCUUGUAAACCAUUUAAGUCCAUUCCUCACUAUGCACACCCACCUGUCCCCUUCAGCAUCUCACUGUUAGAUUCUUUUUCCACCUUUUAACAAAUUUGCAUGUCAGUUUCUGUCAUGUUUAUUUAUUGGAUUCUCAGCUGCCUAAUCUGUACAUACCUGAUCCCUUCGGGUUUUGUUUACAAGGAAUCUUGACUGACCAAAAGGCAUUGUAACACUGCCACAGAUACAAGGUACAGAGGAUGUGCAUCUUAGAGGAAACGUCUGCUUCCGUUCCCUCGUCCUGGUGAACGCUGGGAGAGAGGAUAAGAGAGGCAUGAAAAUUCUAGAGACGUGCUUUUAUGGUAUUACCAAUCCAAAGACAGAGUGAUGUGGGUGUCAGGAGACUGAAGAGACGUGGAAGUCACACUUUCUCCCUGUCAUUCAGUGUGUCCUUUGAGCUCGCUAGCUGUACCUUUUCAAUUAGUUCCUUUUCAGCCAAUGUGUCACUAAAAGUUCCAUCAAAGCUUUAUCAGUUCAAGUUUCUUGCUUUUCAUAAUACUUUUUUCUGAUGCAAUUUUAUAUUUUCAAACAUGGCAAGUUAAAUAUAAAUUCAUUUAAAUAUAUAGUUUUGUACUUUUCUACCAUGUAAAUGUGCAAUGUAUAUAAAAGUUAUAAUGUGUAUUUGUAGAUAAAUGAUGAGUGAAAAAAAUAAAAAAAAUGUAAAAGCCA